AUGGCAUACACUGGAGAGACUGCUUACAUUACGGGAGGUGCCCGUGGCAUUGCCUUGUAUCUAGCAAAGGACCUUGCAGCUAAAGGGAUGAAGGUAGCGCUGGCCGAUUUCAAUUUUGAGGGCGCACAGAAUGCUGCAAAGGAGCUCAAUGCCUCUGGCCACGUUGCCAUUGCCAUUCAAGUAGAUGUAGGAGACUGGGAGUCGCAGAAAACGGCCUUUGAGACAGCGGUGCAGGCUUUCGGUCGGAUCAACUACGUAUUUCCAAUUGCAGGUAUCACUGAACGGCCAUGGCUGCCUUUCCAACCCUGCGAAGAGAAAUAUGUAAAGCCGGAUUUAUCCGUGAUGGAUGUGAAUGCCACGGGUGCAUUAUACACCUGUGCUCUGGGGGUUCAGCAUUUUCUAAGACAGAAGCCUGAUAAAUACGGCUUUCGAGGAAAAGUCAUCAUUGUGGCAUCUGCUUGUGGCUUUUACUACAUACCAAGUCUCCCCGUGUACACGGCCUCGAAACAUGCUGUCGUUGGCUUUGUCCGUACAUAUGGCCGACACUCUACUGCUGAGCAGAUCACCAUCAAUGCAGUGUGCCCCACCAUCGUUAAGACCGGCAUCUCGGUUGGUGAGUUUUACGAUAAGGCAGAAGCAAAGGGCCUGCUAGUAAGCAUUGAGCACUUGGUGGAGGGCGUCGAAUCUCUCUUGGGAGAUUGUCAGACCUCUGGGGAGGCGCUUGAGGCAUUGCCUGGUACCGGCGGGCUUAGGAUUAAAGAACGAGCGGAGUACACCAAUGAUGGGUGCCGUGAGAGCGUGGAGAUGACCGAGGAAAGGACUUUCAAUGCUUUCAAGGCUCUUAGAACUAAGUCGCAGCAGUAA